CUGACACCACCCGCUCAACAUCAUCACCAGUCUCUCCGCACGACCUUCUUUAUACCCUCCCGCCGUCUUACGCCCGCUCCACCUGAUCUGACCUCCCAAUUUACUUUCUCUCUUUUUAUUCCAUCUUACCACCCUUUCCGAUCUUGCAAUUGUCGCGUUCCUUUGGCUCUUCGGUGCCCCGUCUCUCCAUCAUCAGCCAUCUCUCUAAGCACACCAUCACGUCAUCUCCGGUACCUGUUUGGUCCAAAUUCACAUGUACACGGAGUGCACGUAACAUUGUCGUGGGGUUUCCAUCACUGCGACUCGCGAGAGCCACAGAAAGGGAGAGAAGGAAAGAGCGAAAUAACAAGGCCGCCUCUCUGUCGGACGAUCGUAUAUAGCCGCUGACUGAACCGGACUUCGCAAAGACAGAAACAGGCAACCACCUUCCACGGACCUAGUCAUGACAAACGCAGUUCCUGUCCGUGGUGCUGUCAGACGCACCUCUUCUGGCUUCUAUCCGUCGUCUCCGACGAAGUUGAGCCGUCUGCCAUCGACAUGCGAAUCCCCAAGGACCCCGUGUCCUUCCGACAGUGAUGCCUUCGCCUUCAAGCCGGAGUUCCUCAAGCAUUGGGUCAUGGAUGAUGCGCUGUGGAGACAGCUUCCGCCCACCUUGCAGAAGGCCAUUUCUGCAGUCCAGCAUGCCGGAGCUGCUGUCCACACAAGCUUCGAGCGUGUCAGCCAGCUACGAGAGAAGCUGCCGGAGGAGCCAGCUACGGCGACGCUGCAAAAUGCCACUGCCUCCGAUGCCAUCGCAGCCAAGCUUCACGAGCAUCAGGUACGCGGCUUCAAUCGCGCUCGUUCACACACGCGCGACGCAGAGGAGUACAAUUGCUCGCCCAUCCCAAAGGAUGUCCGCAAUGUCAGCCCCUUCCGCUCUUCGUUGACUGUCGAUUCUUUGGGCAGCAGUUCUGAAAGCACUGGCUACGCAUCCCCGACGGCCCAGAUGUCGCCGACCUCGUUCACGUCGCCAACCUCUCCCCAGAGCUGCGUCUCGUCUGCCCCGACGCCGUUCGAGCUGGGCGACGCUGGCGCCCGCCUCCCAACCAUCAGUCGCCGUGAAAGCGAGAUUGGCAUCGCCAAACACUCUCUGGCGCGCCGCGACAGCGACCUGCCGAGUGGUCCCUCGAGAACUCCAUCCAGUCGCCGCAGCAGCCACUCGGUGAAGCAUGACGUGCCCCGCGAUCCGGCCAGCACCCAGUACUAUGCCGAGCUUGAGCACCUGCGCAAGUCGUGCCUCGUGCGACUGCGCCACUCCGCCCGUCCUGUUGACAUCGAGUGGGGCCUCGCCAAACGCGAGCCACCGUUCCGCCCUUCCACUGCCGAUCCAAACGCCCUCGCCGCGGCCACACUGCUCAGAGAACGAUUCGAGCACUGGUGGCUCGAAAAGAAGCGCCUCAUUGCUGAGUUGGACGAGGCCGGCAAGGACUUGUGCAUCGGCAUUCACUUCUCCCUCGGCUGGUCCGACACCCCUGGUUUGGACCACGAGCAUAUCGAGCUGGCUGUAUGAUUGCUAGUGAGGUAUGCAUGUUUUAAUCACUUAGGCCUACCAGGAUGGCUUUUUCUCUUCGGAACCUCGCUAUCGAAUGCUGCUGCUUUUUUUGCUGCUUCCAUCGCUUCUUCUUGCGAAGCCAUGUUUGCGGCUGGCUGUCGUCAACGUCACGGCCCCUUCCUGUGAUCGGAUUCACGGAUAAACACGUACAGAGCCGGAGUCCACCAGACGUUCACGACGGCGCAGCUUUAUUGCGGUUGGCGAUGGGAAUUCUUAUUGCUUGAAAAUCACGAGAACUUGCUGGCAUCACAUUUUUUAUCACGUCAUUCGUUCCUUCUCAAACUAGAAGUCUCAAAAUGGAUCGCUCCAUGUUUCAUCACACGAACCACCACAACUGUCAUGAAUAUAUGUAUGUAUGUAUUUGUGGAGAGCUGCAGAUUUCCUCGACACUUUCCUAACGAUUUCUUUUUUUUUCUUCUUCCGGGCUCUCUAAAAAGUGAAAUGGUGGUUCCAAAAAGUAAUGAUAAUAUGUAUGUAACUUUCCUCCAAGGAUGACAAA